AUGAACCUCGACGUGGGCAGACGCAUCUCUCUCGGUCCGCACAAGGGCACUAUCCGCUACCGUGGUCCAGUCCCGCCUUCUGCCGGAGAAUGGCUGGGUGUCGAAUGGGAUGACCCAACACGUGGCAAGCACGACGGUACCAGCGCAGACGGAACCCGAUACUUUCACGUUCGAAUUCCCGGCAGCGGAUCUUUCAUCCGUCCGACCUCUUCUAAGCUCUCGAGCGGAUGCAGCUUUCUCUCUGCACUUCGCAACAAGUAUUGUCCUCCAACCGAAUUGUCUGCAGCGGCGCAGCGGUCAGUGGGACGAGAGCAGCAGUAUUCGCGCAAGAACAUCGCCGACAUCGAAAUCGAAACUCCGAAUCUCGAUCGCAUCGCGAUCAAAUCCGCACGGCUCGAUAGAUUGAAGGAGGUCGGUCUUGGUGGAUGGAACUAUUCUUCACUAUCGGAUGCGGAUACUGAGGCGGGUCAGGAUGCGCGGUUUGAUGUGGCCAGAGCGUACGAGGAAGGGGAGGGGGAGCGUGGUGGAAGUGGCUCGAUAAGCGCAACGUGUCCGAACAUUAGGUGGCUGGAUCUGUCGAGGUCGUUGUUGCCCGAUUGGGAGGAAGUUUCGUUGAUAGCUGGCGAGUUGAGGCAGCUGAAGACGCUUCUGCUGCAUUUCAAUCGGUUGCAGUCGCCGCCGGAGGAGAUACCGCCAAGCUGGGGGGAGAGGUUGGGACAUAUUCAGGACUUGCGCUUGGAUGGGACGCUGAUGCAGUGGUCUGAGGUGGUGAGGCUAGCACCUGCAUUCCGGGGCUUGCGCUCGCUACACAUCGGCAGCAACGAGAUCGUCACCCUGGCUGGGAGCAGCGUAGCAGCUGGGAACCAGGGUGGGGCGGAGAUCUUUCCAUCCCUCACAUCGCUCAGUCUGGAGGACAACGGGCUCGAGUCGUGGCCAGAUAUCGUCGCGGCGCUGUCUGCACUUCCCAGUCUUGAGACGCUCAACCUCGAUCGCAAUCGUAUCACCCACAUUCCACCCGCGACUGCGACGUCUGCAACACCCAGACUAUCCAGACUCAAGGAACUUCACCUACGAGGUAACGGAAUCGACGCAUGGUCCUCGCUCGAAAACCUUGCUCACUGGCUCGGACCUUCUACAUCGCUCGAAGCACUACACAUCUCCGACGUCCCGCUCGAAGAAGAUGCAACCCCAUCUCAUCCAAUUGAGUCAGACAAUGACCUACUGUCACAGUACGAAUAUCGCGACUUUCGAGCGCUCGCCAUCGCCCGUCUCCCCACGCUCAAAACCCUCGACAAGACCGAGAUCACACCCAAAGAAAGACGCGAUGCCGAACUGUUCGUCUACACGCGCUUUCGUGAAUCCGACGCAUACAUCAUCCAAGGCGGUGUAUCUCGACAAGGUACACACGACCGAUUGGACUUGUCGAAUCAAGAGAAAGCCGAGAGGUUUCCGAGAUUUAUCGAGCUGGCCAAAGUCUUCGACGGAGAAGAGGCUUUCUCCAUUCCGUCGGAUGGUGCGCAGGGGGAGGGGGGAAAGAGUGACAGGAAAAAGAAUACGCUCAGAUCUAAGAUGCUCCGUAUCUCGGUGGUCGUUUGUGCAGCUGCGCCGGUUGCAACGGCACCUCAUGUUACCGGCGAGGUUGCGGUAAAGGAAGGGGUGCAGGUGUUGGCGUCAACGCCGUUGCGGUUGCUCAAGAUCAAGUUGGCGUCUGCGGUGGGGGUCAAGGUGGGACAAGUGGGAGCAGUGUGGGCGUUGAUGAAGCAGUCGAAUGGAACUGAGGAGGGUGAGAAGGGGGAUGGAGGGGAGAAGAUCGUGCUGGAGCUGGACGACAUAUCGAGGAGUCUGGACUGGUAUGAAGUGGCGUCAGGCGAUUCACUCGUGCUGGUUGUCGAUUCGUAA